GAUCAUCGCCGAGCACAAUCCCGACUGCACGUCCGACUACUACAAGAACCGACCGGCCGAGUAUAUGGACCAGCUAAACGAGGAGGAGCGAACCCGGCUGGAGGAGACGCUUUCGGGGACUUUUUUUGAUUGAGCAUUCUACCAAAGACGUGCCGCAGUUUGUGUCGAGCAAGUGUGGCACAAUGCAGGUCCGGCACGGUGGCCAUCUGUUCAACAAGCACGUGGUCCGCGGAACGAUGGUGUACUGGCGCUGCUCGCAACACCAGGUGUUCAAGUGCAAGGCACGGCUCAAGUCGGACGGGAGUGAUUUUUUCAUCUUCAACGAUACUCACUGCCACGAGGUGGUGCCGGCGCCGCGAUCGUACGGAUCGCUCAAACGACUGAAGCAAAAGCUGGCGCAAUCUGUUUAAGAAUAAAGUGAA